AUAUUUUUGCUACACUCAGUUUUUUCAAACUCUGCAGACUUCUCUGUCUGUGCUGAAACUGAUUAUUAAACUGGAUGCCCAUGAUCUACUUAGUUGAAGCAUCUGGUACUGACAGUCAAUAGCUGUGUGGGAUAAGUUGUAGAUUAUGUAUAAUGAUGACAGUCUUGCAGGCGUUACAGGUCCCUCAUUAUUCUUGCGCAACUGUCUUAAAAAAUGUUUCAAUCCUGCGUUUUGCAGACAAACAAAAUUCAAUUAAAAUUGCUAAUUGUUUGAAUCGCUUUUGACCAAUUUAUAUAAUAGGAGAAUAUAGGAGAUGGUUAACAAUAUGAUAUGAUCAAUAUAGCAACUUUAGCUAACUAAUAUAAGAAACAUUGUUUACAGGCCCAGAGGAGAUAAUCAAACACCAAAGCUGGUGUUGCACCAUAACAGUUUUUAUUAAUCAAUAUGUCUGUUCCCUGCUGGUGAAGAGGUGUACAAUUCAGAGAACUAAAAUUUGCAUUUACAUUGUUUUCCUCAAUUUGGUCUUAGUGGUUAUGGUGGUGAUGUGCUAUAUGAAAAGUCAGUGGCUCACUGGGAUCCAUCCUAGGAACCAUGGAUCUAUGUACCAAUUGUUUUUGCCAAACCAAUUAGUUGGGAUAUAAUUUGUAAAGUGUGUUACAAAUCACAUUACAUUAAACCUGAUCUGAUCAUAGCACUAAAUUUGGUUCAUUUCCAGUGAUUUGGGUUACUGGAAUCUUUGCGACCUCAUCAAUAAAUGGGAACUUUAAGCAACUGGUUAAUUAAAAUUCUUCAUUAUUUCUCAGAUGAUUUCGAUUGUUUUGCUUUUUGGAGAUAUUUUGAUUCUGUUUGCCAUCUGAAUCUGUGUGAAAUUAUUCUUUGGAUCAAUAUUUGUUCUGCCUGAUAAAUGUCUCCAUUAAAUAUAACACUGAGGCAAUGCUGUCAUGCAUUCAUCUGGACCAAUGUAGGACCAAGAGGACAUAAAACAGCUCCUAAGAAACAUAAUAUCAGUGAGAUUAUAUAUGUUUUCUGCACCACAAACCAACCACAGAUAACAUUUUCUUCACUGAUAGCUCCGUGACGUUCAGCUCUCACUCUAACUUCGUCAGCAUCAUAUCACAGUUUAAUACUUUUGCAAUACACUCACCUAAAAGUAUCAAAAAGAAGAAAUGUGGUUAUUGCUUAAGUGUGAAGAGAUUAAAGUGCCUUUAGAUGGAAUCAAGAGGAUGUUUCAUGUAAAAUUGUGACUUCAAAUAAAUGAUAUCAGAUAUACUCGCAGCACACUUGAGAAUAAGUUAAGUACGGAAAGAGGAAGGAAGAUGUUUUAAUGUCAGAGCUGCAUGUUGUUUAUCCGCCAACUUCACACUGACUGGCCGUCCGUUUUGUUCUCUUCAACUGUUCCUUUGAAAAAAAAAAAAAAAGAUACUUGGUUUUGAUCGAAGCUGAAGGACUACAACAGCCAUGUUGUUGGCAGAAGCUUUCUGUGUGUUUGUGGGUUUCAUUCUGUGCAUUUCAGGGGUUCAGGGACGAGCAAACAGCAUCUGUGCCUUAAAAGGUUCAUCAGUGGAUCUGCCCUGCUCAGCUCAACAUCCCACUUCGAGCAUGAAAUGGUUCACUGUACACCAGAAUGGCUCAGAGUAUGUUCUGAAUGAGCUCUCUGCAGAUGGAAAUCGUGUAACGUACAACAUGUCUGAAGAAAGUAACUACACUCUAAUGAUCAAAGAUCUGAGAGAGAGUGAUGAAAAGUCUUACUGCUGCAGCAAGACUACAGAGACACCAGAACUCUGCUGGCACAAUAGAACUGAGCUCUAUGUUUCAGAUCUGCAGGUGAAGGUGAUUCCUGCCACAGAGUCAGAGACAGUAUCACUGAUAUGCAAAACCAGCUGUCCUCCGACUGAAAACCCUGCAGCCUACAUCUGGUACAAGAACAGAGAGUUUCUCUAUCAGGACUGGUCUCCCUGGUACCGACAGCUGGUCAGCGGCGAGGAAGCAGUCAGAUACUCCUGUGCUAUCAAAGGCUACGAGGAUCUCAGAGCUCCUGAAGUCUCAGUGGAUUCUGUCACAUCAACCUGCUUUACUGUGACCUACGCUGAAGGAAGAAUGUGUCCUUAUAACGAGACAUCAGUGGAUGAGCCCUGCUCCAUCACAUAUCCCAGAGAAGUACAUGUUGAGAAGACUCAGGAGAAGAAAUAUCUCACACUGACCUGUGCAACCAGCUGUCCUACGGUUGACCCUCAUACUGCCUAUAAAUUAUUCAUGGCCAGAAAGUUAUUAAAUCACUGCAACAAGCAAAACAUUAUGAUUUUUGGAUCGUCUUAUGUAAGCUUCUCCUGCGCUAUAGAAGGCAAUGAAGAUCUGCGCUCUGCUGAAUUCUGCAUUAAAGAUAAAGGCUGCAUGCAGUGGAAUUACGUCAGCGGGAGAAUCUGCGCCCUGGAAGGCUCUUCAGUGAACAUUUCAGUUGAAUACUCUGGCAUCCGGCAAGACAGUUCUAAAUUAUGGAAUAAAACAGAGAUAGGUGGUUACAAGGAUGCUGAGAGUGAGAUCAACAAUACAGGUCGUGUAAAGUAUGAUGACAGCAUGGAGAACCACCACAUCCUGACGAUUGAUAACCUGCAGAAGAGCGAUUCAGGAGAAUACACAUUCAGAGUGAAAAACUACAAAGAACCGAAAGAUUUACCUAGAGUGACGUUGGUUGUCACAGGCCUGAGAGUGAGGUUUAAUCCUUCUGCAGAGGUGACAGAGGGCCAGAGAGUCACACUGACCUGCAGUACCAGCUGUCCUCUGACUGACAACACAACCUACAUUUGGUACUUGAACAGUCAACCUCUGCCAGAGAACCAAAACAAACAACUGGUUCUUGACCCGGUCAGCAUUCAACAUGCAGGAAACUACUCAUGCACUGUCGAAACUCCCCAGAACAUCAGCUCCAGUGAAGAGACUCUCACUGUCGCUCGAAGGAAAUCAGUAGCAAGAAUUAUGACCGUAAAACUGACUACAUUAUCACUGAGCCUGUCUGCUGUGGUUCUCCUCUACCUGUGGAUGAGAAAGAAGAAAACUCAGACCUCCGCUGGUGAGCUACAUGACAAAACACAAACUGAAGAGAUGGAAUCGUUUUAUGCCAGCAUCUCACCCAGGGUCAUGAAUCCUGCAGCACAGAGAGAACCGGCAGAGGAGCAGGAAGACACUCUUUAAUGACUUACUGGGUUGGCUUGCGUACUGCAAAGGCACCUAUAUAUGUUGUACAGCCAAACACGGAGGUCACAUAAAAGCCAGAAAUACUUGUCUUUUAUCCUUUCUGACAUCUACUUCCUCCUGUGUAGCAAAUACCAGUGGUUGGACACAGUGUUCUUAUCUACAAUUGCAAUCUGUUCAUAGAGGCCAACUGCAUGUUUGAAAUGCUAAUUUUAGCUCCAAAUUGACAAAUGUUCUUGCUAACUUCCUGUCAAACAGGUAGUGAACUGCUGCGCACUGCUUUCACCAUUAGAAAACAUCCAUUCAAUUUAGCAUUUUCAGUUUUCUUGUUAUAUUUCAUGUUUUAAUGGCAUAUUUAUCUUGUUAUUAUCCUUGUUUAUUUUUUCUUGUUUGUUUGACAAUCAUGUCUGAUGUAAUUACAGUUCUGUGAAUAUCAUAUUUUUUAUACACUGGGGAUAACUUUAACCCUCUUGACAUUCCUCCUCCUCAGCACAUAUCCAUUUAGGAUAGUUUGUUUGUGUGCCAUGAUGCUGUAAAUGUGCAAAUGGAUUAAAGCUAAAUUACAGCAGACAGAUUUAUUUUUUUAAUAGUUAAAAAUUAUCAUAUUUUAUAUGUUUUAAUGUAGUAUUUUUUGUCAUUAUUGCUUAUUUUUUGUUUGUCUGACAAUUAUGUCUGAUAUAAUUACAGUUCAUUAUAUAUAAUACUUUUUAUACAUUGAGAAUAACCUUGCACAACCCUCUUGCCAUUCGUCCUCCUCUGCACAGAUACAUGUGAUGGUUUUAUUGCGCAAAUAAA